CCCUUCUCCUCUGUUCUCCCCUUUUCGAAAAUUGCCAACUCUCUAUUCUCUCUCUCUAAACUUGGUUUAAUCAAAUUACAUUUGAUUUAAGAGUUUUUUUUUUAAAACCUGAAUUAAGAUCUGUACACUUUGUUUUAUUACAAGAGUUGAACAACUCAAAUGGACAACGAGCUGUUUAUGAAUGCAGUAGCUUCUCACCCGUCUGAGAUGACGUCACUGUCUUCUUUUACUUCACCGGCGGCGAUGCUAAACUGGGAUUCAAUGGAGACUCCUCAUCCAUUGGAGGAGCAGAGUAUCAUCACUCGCAAUGUUUCAAAGGAUUGUUUUUUCUUGGAAAAGUCAACGGAACAGAGUUUUUUCGGGUCAACUCUGAGCUCACUCGUCUCUCCACCGUCGGAUUCUAGCUUCUCCGGCGGAGUAGCCGGAGAGAAUUACGUCAUCAAAGAGCUUAUAGGUAAUUUGGGCAACGUCGGCGAUGUCUACGGAGCUCCGGCGAAUAUCUCCGGCUCUUGUUACGCAACUCCGAUGUUGAGCUCUCCACCGUUGGAUGCAUUUUCCGGCGACUCGAGAUUUGCGGAGAGAGCCGCGAGGUUCUCGUGUUUGGGAAGCCGUAGUUUUAAUGGCAGAAGGAACGGACUUGUUGCUGAAACAGUGUCGAUCAACGGGGAGCUGACACGUGUCUCGAGCACUUCAGGUAUCAAGCCUCCCGCCGGCGAAUCUUCCCGGAAAAGAAAAGCUAAAUCCAAGGAGAAUUCUCCUUCUAAAGCUUCCCAAUCUCCUAAUUUAUCAAAGAAAGUUGAAGAGAAGGAAGAUUCUGAUACAAAGAGAAGUAGAAAAUCAGAGGAAAAUGGAGAGAAAACGAAGUCUCUUGAUCCAUACAAAGACUUCAUCCAUGUCAGAGCUAGACGAGGCCAAGCCACUGAUAGUCACAGUCUAGCCGAACGAGUUCGAAGGGAGAAGAUUAGCGAGAGAAUGAAGCUGCUUCAAGAUCUUGUCCCUGGUUGCAACAAGGUUACUGGGAAAGCACUAAUGUUGGAUGAAAUUAUAAACUAUGUCCAAUCAUUACAACGACAGGUUGAGUUCUUGUCGAUGAAGUUAUCGUCAGUGAACACCAGGCUGGACUUUAACAUGGACGCUCUUAUGUCAAAGGAUAUAUUUCCUUCAAGCAACAAUCAGCAAGUACUUCAGUUAGAAUCUUCAUCAGACAUCUUAUUGGCUGGUCAUCAUAGUCAUACUUUACAGUUGAACCCAAAUGAUUCUUCCAAUAACAUAAUGAACCCUAUGGAAACUUCUGAAAGUAGAAGCUUCAAUUCUCAGUUACCAACACUUAACCAUUUCACAGACUCUAUUUCCCAGUUCUCAACAUUUUCCGAAGAUGAUUUACAUAGCAUUAUUCAUAUGGGGUUUGCACAAAACCGUCCAUCAAACCAAGUACCAUCACACAUGAAAGCAGAACUUUGA